UCUGCUCCGCGAUACGCGACUUUCGAAGUUCGUGUUUCGAAUUAACAAAAUAUAUCUAACGAUUUUUCUUCGUACUAUAAUUCUAUGAAGAUCGUUGGACGUUACCUUUUCAGGACGGACAAGUACGACAAUUUGCGAUCGUUUUGAAAACGAUCCCCCCAGUGGUGUCACGUCAGCGAAUAUCAAGAUUCCGCGUUGAACAUCGAAAGCUUCGGGGGAUGCGAAAACCGGUGGACGAUGUCGACAGGACCAACCUGGGGGUCAAGGUUGUUCCUCGCAUUCGCGACAACCACGAUCGUAAUCACCAAUUAUCAGUGCCACUGCGAGAGGACCCAUCUACGCGAGAAGCUUGUUAACAGAUACCCAACGAUGAGAAAUAUAACUCGUUUGCCUGAAGAAAUGUCUGCUGUAUUACCACCAUUUAUUAUACCUCGUUUGAGGCAUCACCGUGUCACCGAUUGGGACCCUUAUUUUGAAAAUGCGGAAGGACAAGGAAUCAAUGGAACACAAAACGUGGCAUUGCAUUUGGGUGCUACGGCUUUCUUAGAUUGUCGCGUCGCUAUGCUUUCCGGAAGACAAGUCAUGUGGGUUCGUCGAAACGACGAAUGGAGCUCACUUCUAACUCUUGGUAAUACGACUCACAUUUCCGGUACAAGAUACAACGUCAGUUUCCAGUAUCCGAAUAACUGGAGACUAGUGAUCUCUGGUGUGCAGAGGGAAGACCAUGGCUUGUACAUCUGUCAAGUGAAUACACAUCCACCGAGGAUGCUGGUCACGAAUGUCACUGUUCUUGCUCCUGAUAUAAGAAUCGUCGAUGAGGCUAGACACGAGUUACACGAUCGUUAUUAUAAAACUGGAAGUGGAAUUGAACUUUUAUGCGUCGUAAGACCAUCUUGUCCAGACUCAAAAGUACCGCAUCCGGUAUGGAGGAAAAAUGGUGAAAAUUUGCCUGAUCGUGUAAAUGUUCAUUACAUUAAUGGGUCGAACGAGGAAGUGAUAACGAAGCUUCAUAUUGAACGAGCAAAAAAGACUGACAGUGGAGAGUAUGCCUGUUCCGUUGGACAAUUCAGCACGACCGUAGUUCACAUUCACGUUCUUAAUGGUGAAAAACAAGCGGCCGUUCAUCACGAUCAAUGGAACGCAGCGUGUACCGAUUAUUAUGAAAGAAAUGGCGAUCUUUUCAUCUUUCUAAUAACCUUUAUAAUAUUACAUACUUUGGCAAUGCAUUCAUUGUAAAUCGUGUCUUUCCUACUCGAUUCAUACUACCGUUACACACAUAUACACACACAUACAAAUACACGUGCUCACAGCAUUCAUUCUUGUAAAAGAGCUACUACGGCUUAAAACGCUGCUGUUCAUUUUCACGCAAUUUUCUUCCCUUUCACGUUUCUAAAUAACUUCGUCGUGGUAUUAGAAAACGAAGUACCUUAUCGUGACCAUGUCCUGUGAACAAUUUUUUCUCUCUCGAUCAAGCUAGUGAAUAGAUGAAUGGUUAUUAUAAACGUUCAAAUUAAUAAAUACUAUUAAGCUCUAUUAUAUAAAUG